UCCGCUGACACCGGGGGCUGAAGACCGAAGCACCAACACACCGACUGACCGGGCGCCCCUGAGUUUCAUCGACUUACUUUGCCGGAAGAUGAUGGCUCAGUGCUGGACGAUUUGGACCGGGAUCCUCGUCCUCCUGACUGCCUGUGAGUGCUGCCUGAUUUCUGGGCUGUUUCUUUCUUUUCCUCGGAGCUGGAGGGCCGAGCGGAGGGCAUGACAGAGAGGGGGGACGUUUUGUUUUGGAAAAGCUACUCAGAUCCGUUAUCUUGGUUGAAAUGACUAUACAGCACAUGAAGAAAUACUCAUGUGUUAUCAAGUGAGAGUGGACGAUUCAUGCAGCAAUACAAGUUGCAACAAAGGUAUCAGAUUUAUGUAGCUUAGUUGGAGUGUCAACAGAAAAGUACACAAAUAUCAUUCAUGUAGUUAAGUUUAUCAGUUUUGUGUAGUGUCAACAGUCCACAAGUAUUAUUAGCGCCAUCAGCAGAUAAGAUGCUAAAUGUGACUGUCUUCUGAUUCACACGAUGGAUCCUGAGCCAUUUAAGUCUCAGCAGCAUUUUCCUGUUUAAUCUCUCUCUGAUACUCUAAAAGUCCUAAGUAAAACGUCAAGUAUCCCAGGACAUAGUCUUAAUUUAAACAUAUUUUUUUUAAAAAAAAUGUACUCAAUACAAAGAUAUGACCCAUGUGACCAUUACAGAUGUUAUGUACUCCUGAACAUUGUGUUUUACACUAUUUUACUCUUGCUGGUUGGAGUGGAUUUCGUUUAUUUCAUGUGGGAUUCUAAAUAAUUUCUGCACCAUUCCAUAUUCAAAUACGUUUCUCAACCAAUCAGUUCGCUUGACUUCCUGGUUUUUAAAAUCAUAAUAUCAAUAAUUCAAACUUCAAAAAAAGGCAAAAACAAAGUUGUUAAAAUAUUUCAAAAUAAAAGCAUGAAUUGGUCAGCAUUUUUAAAUUUAAUUUGUGUUGGCAGUUAUCAAAAAAGAUAUAUUUUAUAUCAACAGUCAAAUUCUAUUUCAGCUUUAGUCUUGUAUAUAUUGUAUUUCUUGUUAGACAUGGUUCAAUCUAUAGCAGAACAUGCAGUAAAACAGACAGUAACUGCCUUCAAAAUGCAGAAAUGGAUUCUCUUCUCGAGUAAAUGUGCUUUCCACCAUGGUCAUUAUGCAUGCAGUUCCUGUUAAAGGGCAGCUUAUUAUCUCAUAUCUAACAAAGAGUGAGUGUAUCUGAAAGUCCUCAUGAAUGGCUACACACACAGUCACAUCUUGGCGCUGUUUAAGACAUUGGAGAAGACACAGACUGGCACUAAAAGAAAGAGUGUGUUAAUGCUUUUGGACACUUUUCUUGUACUUACAGAAGAAAUCGAACAGAAUGCAUAUUUCAAAAAGACAGAUUCCCAAACGAACAAGGGACAAAGACACAAACACUGCACAGAAAGAGAAAAUUAACACAUAUAUAUAAUGAUAUAUUAAAUAAUUAAGUACAAAGGGAGUGUUGAAAAGAAUCCACUCGUGGGGAUUUACGGACUUUUUCUUUUGUACACAAAAUAAUUCAAGUCACAUACAGACAGAAUGUUAAAGUGCAUCUGACAACAUACUCCACAAAAAGUUGUCUAAGUCAUCAGAGUAAAAAACAAAAAAGGCUGUUGUGUCAAAUACAAAUAUCCUGUCACUUCAGUCUGAUUUACUGCACAUAGUGACAAAUACAGCAUCUCAGAGACGUCCCAGAGCACCAUCCAUGCAUAAAUAUCAACUUUUCAUUGUUCCAGCCUCUCAUACAGCAUGAGGUUGUUUUUUUAAAAAACAAAGUUUUAUGAUUUUGCUCACAUUUGAGGAGCUUUUGUUUGCUUCCAGAUUUACUGCCCGUGUGAAAAGUGAAAAAUGCAUUCCCUAGGCUGAAAUGUAGUAUUGAACCCAUUUGUAUGUUUCUUUAAAUUUAAAUUCAAUGAUAGGAAUAAAGAACAUGAGCAGUACUAGUGCCCAAUCAUGGAAGGGAUUAAUAAGAAAAACGAAAAGGUAAAGAUUAUGACCAAACAAUAGCGAUAAAAAAAAUCCAGGCAUACGAGGCAGGUUGGAGCAACUUUAAAAAGAUCUUUAAUUCAAUGGGAAGCAAGCAUAAAACAAUACUGACUUACAAGCUGAUGUGCAUGAUUUAAUGAGUUUAUUGGAGUCUCUGUUGUAGUCGUUCAUUGUAAUUUUUCUCUUAAAUAAUGUUUUUGAAGAUCAGAACACCAUAAACUCCCAACUCUGGAAACUACUAGGAUUUUUAAUGAGGCUUAAAGUAUUCAUGUUCCCUCACUCAAAUUCAUCAUUAAAUUCAAAACAAAUACUAAUGGCUACUGGCUUCAACACAAUCCUGUGGGACUCCUGCUUGUGUGUUUACUCGCAUUAAUUAAGAGAAAAAUUGGAUGGUAAGUUAUGUAGCAUAAAUACUUUGCAAAUCUGUAAACAAUGAUAGUUUUAAAUUUCAUAAUAAUGCAACAACGAAACAGUCUGUUAUCUGGCUAGUCUCUCAGAGCCAGACUUGAAGUCUCUAUGUUUAUAGUCUUAGGACUAAGAUAAGCCAGCAAGCUGCCGGCUGAAUGCAUCAGUAAUCAGAACAUCUAACCAAGGGUGCAAAUGAAGGUAUUUUCCAAAAUGUCAGACCUUUCUGUCAAAAUAAUGUAUAUAAAAAUCAGUUCGUUUUGCGCGUGUUGCACAUGAGUGCAACAUGCAUAUGUGUAUAAGCUUAAAUCUCCUGUUUUUGUGUGUGUGUGUCUAUGUGUGUGUGUGUGUGUGUCUUAAGUAAACUUGGAGUUGUGAUAGAGAGGGCCUCCUCCUCCUCCGAGUAGCAUGGAGCGCUCACAUUUCCCAUGAGCCUUUGAGGGAGGAGUGUUGGAUGCUAACUUGGCUCUCGACGCAGCUCACUUCUGGCUUCAAUUUAUUCCUGGAGGCAUACACACACACACACACACACACACACACACACACACAUACUCACAUGUGUGUACUUCUAACUCUUGAGGGUCUUAAUGCAGUCCAGGCCACCUACCCUAACCUCAACCUCAACCAUAUUAUAACUUCAGAGGGUGGGACAAGUAUUUAGGACUUUUGCUUUAGUAAGUCAAUCAUGUAAAUGUCCUGUUACCAGUUAAAUCACGCAUGUGAAGCUUUACAUAAUUAAAUACCAAAAAAUAAAAGCACUUACCAUGCAUGAUUAGUUAUUUGCAUUAUGGCUAUAAAUGCAUUCAUGUAUUUAUGUAUUGCAGCUAUAACAGAUGCUGCCUGUAACUACUGCUGGGUAACAUUAUGACAUGAUAAUACAUCAUCAUUUACAUGUUGAUGUAUUUUUACUUUUACGAUUAAACAACAUGAUAUUUACCUCUCAAAUAUUUGGGAGUGUGUUUAAUACGGUCUUAUAUUUGUUGUGUUUUAUCUGCGUAUUCUACUUUUAUUGUAGGUUACUGAUAUUUUAAAUGGCCUUUUUAAGUAUCCAUGCUGUCACAGCUGCAUAAGUAUAAAUUAAUGAUGGUGUAAGUAAAUGGUAGUAGUACUCGACCUAAAAGCAAACUAUACUCUUGCCUACGUAAGUAUAGUGGUCCUACUGUACUUGAGCAACAUUGUUUUUUUUUCUUUUUACAUUACAAUGAUAGUAUUAUUAAUAUGAUAUUAAAGUUAACAUCAUGUAAUAGGUUUAGUUUUUGUAUGAUGUUAGACUUUGUAUCUGAUAAACUAAAUUAACUGCAGGCAGCCUUUGAAGGCGGGUCCCUAAAUUGGGACCAGUUGAAAGUUCCUUACUUUCCACAAAUGUCCACAUACCCAAUCUCUAAAACUCAUACUGGCCCUUACAAAGAUAAACAUUUGAGUACACGCAGAGCCUGUGAUGCUGAUUCAAGCUUUUUACAUCCCAACUCUUUCUUCCUUUGUCUUCAGCCCAGUUUGGAAGAAACAUCUGGAACUGCUUCGGCUUUGUGUGUGUGUGUAUUUGUAUGUGUAUUUGUGUGUUACACAGUUAAUGAACUGCUGUGUGUUUAUGUGUACUACUCUGUAUGUGUGUGUAGACCAUAUCUAAUUAUAAUGCAUUGUGGUUGGGUUUGUGUGUGUAAUUGAGUACAUGUUUACGUAGAUAUCCAUGCAACACUGGGAUUUCUGUUUGUGUAUGCCUGUCGUUGAGAGGACCCAUUUUAGCUUUCCAUUUUAUGCCACUUUAUGUUGUUACUACACAUUUGAAUUAUAAAUAUCAUACCCUGUAGUCCACUCUACUUUUUACUUAAUAAUUUUGUACUACUUUUGUUUCUUUAGUUACUUUGUAGAUGGUAUAAAGACAGACCCUCAAUAUGCAUGAAUUAUACUGCGCUGCAGAAUGGCUACUUUGCAUUUACAUGACUUUUACCUUCAGCAGAACGUGUUUACCCAGCAGCAGCAUUAACUUUGACUAUUCUGGGAAUGCAUGAUAUCAUAAGUACAGCAUGUUUAUUGCUUGGGCCAUUAUAUCUGUGUCAUCUGGGUGGGAUGACAAUGUGGCAGAGCAACACACGCAUAUACAAGCUCAAGCAUAGUGUAAAGAUAUUCACUUACUCUACAGACAAAUACACAACAACCACAUAGUACAAAUACCAAAGUCUAAAACCGCACACACAAAGAAAUAAAGUCUGCUUAUUUCUUUGAGAGACUGCUUGCUAACAGUUUUCAGCUCCAAAGGGACACACCCAUAUCCUGCUCUAAGUCACAUUCACUUUAUGUAAUUCUGUACGUGGCAGAGCUGAUGCAGUAGGAUGUUUUGAACUUUACUAUGUUGGAACCUCCAGCUAAAACCGAGAACGCAGCUGCCUGUUGCCCUCAACACUUUCAGCUGUCAUUAUAUUAUCACAUAUCACAAGCCUCAAAGCUAAUCUCCUCUGUGACCUAAGCAAUGUCAUGAUAUAUGUACGCAAUGUUAUUAAUGAAGUAGGAUUUUUGGGUUACCAAUCAGGCAGGGGUUGACACAGAAGUCACAGAUGUUUUUUAUGUUUCAUGUAAAACCUUUUUUACCCUGCACCACACUGAUCCAUUUCCAUAAAAGUCAUAACACUGUAGAAAAGGGAAUUAAAAGCACAAUGCAAUGAUCUCUUAGUCAUUUGAUGCAGAUUGUUAACUGAACAACAUGUUAAAUGCAGAAAUGUUGAUUUGAUUUGAUUCGAAAACAGAUGGUACAUCCCAGAAAUAAUUGGAAUUGUUGCCAACAGGUGAGUAACAUUGGCAUCAAAGAGUGUUUCAGAAGAAAGCAUGGGAGGAGGUUAAGCAAUGUGUGAGGAACUGUGCAGCCAAAUAGUUGUCUUCCAGUUGAUGUCCAGUCUUUAAGCCACCUGAGCUUCAAUUUAUGCAGGUGGUGUGAGGUAUCCACGCCGGUGUGCGAAGGCAACAUAUGCUCCAGCAACUGCAACUUGAGCUCUUUCUGUAACACCACUGAAGAGAUCUGCAUAGCCAUAUGGAGGAAGGCAAACAACACAAUGACAGUGUACACAAUGUGUCACCACCCAAAUCUGCCACUGGAUGGUAUCAGUCCUGACCUGCUGCGGACCUUUACUUCCAGGGAGUGUCGUAUGGUCCCACAGGCUGCAAAUGACUCCAUGAUGGUCUGUGGAUGCCAGGGUGAACAUGAAUGUAACGACAAACUUGUCUUCGACAAGGGAGCAAAUGGAUUCUUACCGCUCCAAAGUAAGGAUGUGAUCCCUGUGGUAGUGGUUAGUUUGGUGCCCCCUAUUCUGGUGGCCAUAGUUGCCAUUGCUGCCUUCUAUUUCUACCGCAUACGUCGUCCUGACAAACCAGCUCCAUCAGUAUGCCCUGACUGGCCCACUAAACGCACCCCCGAGCUUUACCAGGCCUUGGAUCUACCAUGUGGGGGCCUGGGUCCUCAGGGAGAAGGUGCAGGAGGAGGUGUGACCGAUGCUGAACAGGAUGAGUCCAACACCAAGGUGCAACCUCUUAACAGUGACACUGUUAGCAGUAUGACCAAUUGGCAGGGCCAGCCAGCUGAAGUGCUGCCUAUCAAACUGGAUGUGCUGGUGGGGAAGGGGCGCUUUGCCGAAGUGUGGAGGGGAUGGCUGCUCCAGGGCGAGAAAGGUGGAGUUAAUAGCUAUGAAACUGUGGCAGUAAAGGUGUUUCCAGAUGUGGAGUACGCCUCAUGGAGAAAUGAAUGCUCCAUCUUUGCUGACCCCGAGCUACAGCACGACAACGUGAUUCAGUUCCUAGCAGCUGAGGAAAGGGGCCUGUCGGGCCACACCCCACACACCUACUGGCUGGUUUUAGCCUAUCACAGCUUAGGAAAUCUGCAGGACUUCCUCACAGCUAACAUAUUGGGCUGGGAAGAACUCGUUGCCAUGGCAGGCAGCAUUGCUAAAGGAUUAGCUCACCUUCAUAGUGACACAACACCCAGUGGGCUACCAAAGGUGCCAGUGGCCCAUCGGGAUCUCAAGAGCAGUAACAUUCUGGUAAAGAGCAGGAAGGAGUGCGCAUUGUGUGACUUUGGUCUGGCUUUAAGACUGGACCUGUCCCUUACAGUCGAUGACUAUGCCAACAGUGGACAGGUGGGGACAGCUCGCUACAUGGCUCCUGAGGUCCUUGAGUCCAGGGUGAACCUGGAGGAUCUCGAGGCCUUUAAACAGAUGGAUGUUUAUUCCAUGGCUCUAGUCUUGUGGGAGAUGGCCUCUCGAUGCAAUGCAAUUGGAGAGGUGAAGAGCUAUGAGCCAGCAUUUGGCUCCAAGGUUUGUGAGCAGCCCUGUGUGGACAGCAUGAGAGAUCUGGUGUUGAGAGACCGAGGACGUCCGGACAUCCCACUAGCAUGGACGCAGCACCAGGGGAUGAACAUCUUCUGUUCCACCAUCACUGAGUGCUGGGAUCACGACCCCGAGGCCAGGCUCACGGCUCACUGCGUGGUGGAGCGCUUCAGCGCCCUGGAGCAGGCGGAAGAUGACGAGAGGGUGGGAGACGAAGAGGAAGACGAGGAAGAAGGAAGUCAGGAGUAAGAAGACGAGGUGAAACUCUGGCAAGAGAAUGAAGCAGAGAGAAAAAUGGACUUGGAGAUGCCUCAUGCUCCGUCUCCUGGAGGAGAGGAGAUCUCUUUUCUUCCAAAUUGAAAGGGAGGACAUGCCUGAUGAUUCACUGCUUCACACUGGUUUUCCCCCUAACGAGUCUUCAUGGUUCGCUGUGUUUGCAUUGUCUGAGAAACCCGUGGUUUUUUCUGCUAAUCUUCAAUGAGACACUUACUGAAAGAGAAGGAAUUGAUAAGUCACUAAAACUGGCAAGAACCUAAACUACAGUUACAGUUAAAGAAUUUUUGACUGAUAGUUAGGAUGAUCUAAUUUGCCACAGUAAGGAUAUUUAAAAAGUCAAUAUUAGCAAGAGUGGACCACUUCAUAGACAUUGCCCCAGUUUGUCCAGUCUCAACAGAUGGGAAUGGACCACACUGGUGCAGAGUGGAACAUCUCAACAUGGAGAGUGAUUUUACACAAACUUUUAAACUCACAGUCGUAUAGUCUGGAGAAUCUUUAGGUAGUGUUUCCUUUCUUAAAUGAAAUGUGAAAAAAAGGGUUUUUCCCACAAGAAUAUAUAAAUAAAUAGAACAAAAUAGUCCAACAUAUAGUAUGACAAACCUUUAUAUGAACCAAAGAAUAAUUCAUUGUUGUGCAAUUUGGCUUGAACUUGUGAAAAACAAAAAGUCUAUACCAGCAACCCCCUGACUGUACUGUUGCCAUUUUAUAUCGACUUCUAGAGGGACAAUCAUAAAGAAAAGAAUGGCCCCAAAUUUCAUGUUUUUUUAGACUGUACAUUUUCUGAGAUAUUUCAAGCACACCUACUCUUGGUGCCAUUUUUACCCCUUUGCUUUUUCAUGUAGUGAUCUGGCAGUGCGAACGCAGCCGUUGUCACCCAACAGAGAGACUGUGUUUAUUACGAAUCUGUGUGUUUUCUCUUUGUUGCUUCCUGGAUUUUUCCAGCAGAAGACCAGAGGAGACAGAAAUGAACCUAAGACUGACUGUGCCUUAAAUGACAGACCUACUUCUUCGCAAACUUUUGCUGAGGAUGUGACACCCGAAUCCGUCAUAGAUCUGCUGGCAGAGAUGCAGACGCUGAACAGUUUGAAAAAGAUUCGAUUUGUUGGAGCUGGUCUCCAUUUUGUCACAGUAUUAUUCUUUUAUAUUGGCUGUGACAUGUGACUUAUGAUUGCUAUACUAUAACUUACUACUGUAGGUUAUAUGACUAUAACCUACAUUUAUGAAUAAACAGGAGAGAAAGAUCUUUUUACUGGUUUUAUGUUUGUUUGAUAAAAAUUUUUAAAAAAUAAAUUUGACUUUUGUCAUCUACACAGUGAA